GGCGCUGCGGCGAGAGGGAGAAAGGAAGAGGCUGAUCGGAAGUCGCUCUCUGACGUCACUUUUAGGGGCGUGGCUUCAGGCGGUUCGCUGGGCGCCUGCGCGGGCCGGUGGGGUUGCCAAGGAUCGCGUGAGGGGGACCUUCGGCGCCUCCGCUUCCUUUCGUGCUGGAGCUUGAACGCCGCCGCCCUCCUCAUCACCAUGGUGAAGGAGCAGUUCCGCGAGACGGACGUGGCCAAGAAAAUAAGCCACAUCUGCUUUGGGAUGAAAUCAGCGGAAGAGAUGAGGCAGCAGGCGCAUAUCCAGGUGGUUAGCAAAAACCUUUACAGCCAAGACAACAGCCACUCCCCUCUGCUGUAUGGCGUGCUGGACCAUCGCAUGGGCACAAGCGAAAAAGAUCGUCCGUGCGAAACAUGUGGAAAGAAUCUGGCCGAGUGUUUAGGGCAUUAUGGCUACAUCGAUCUCGAGCUGCCCUGUUUCCAUGUGGGGUACUUCAAAGCCGUGAUCAGCAUUCUACAGAUGAUUUGCAAGACCUGUUGCCGUAUCAUGCUGACCCCUGAAGAACGGAAACAGUUUCUAGAUUACCUUAAGAGACCCGGCUUGACUUACCUCCAGAAACGUAGCUUGAAAAAGAAGGUCUCCGAAAAGUGCAGGAAGAAGAACACCUGUCCGUAUUGCGGGAUGUUUAACGGUACAGUAAAGAAGUGUGGGUUGCUGAAAAUAAUCCAUGAGAAAUACAAGACUACUAAGAAGACAGUGGAUCCUAUUGUGUCUAACUUCAUACAGUCUUUUGACACUGCCACAGAACAUAAUAAAGAAAUUGAAUCCUUGCUGGGAAGAGCCCAGGAGAACCUGAAUCCGUUGGUGGUGCUGAAUCUCUUCAAGCGAAUCCUUGCCGAAGAUAUCCCCCUGCUUCUGAUGAACCCAGACUCGGGCAAGCCUUCCGACCUGAUCCUGACCCGGCUCCUGGUUCCCCCGCUCUGCAUCAGGCCCUCUGUGGUGAGUGACUUGAAAUCUGGCACCAACGAGGACGACCUGACCAUGAAGCUGACCGAAAUCAUUUUCCUCAACGAUGUGAUCAAAAAGCAUAGAAUUUCGGGAGCAAAAACUCAGAUGAUCAUGGAGGACUGGGACUUCCUGCAGCUCCAGUGUGCUCUCUACAUUAACAGCGAGCUCUCCGGCAUUCCUCUCAACAUGGCACCCAAGAAGUGGACAAGAGGCUUUGUCCAAAGGCUGAAGGGGAAGCAGGGUCGGUUCAGAGGAAACUUGUCUGGAAAGCGAGUGGAUUUCUCUGGCAGAACGGUGAUUUCACCGGACCCAAACCUCCGAAUUGAUGAAGUGGCUGUACCCGUUCACGUUGCCAAGAUAUUAACAUUUCCUGAGAAGGUGAACAAAGCUAACAUUGUCCUCAUGAGGAAACUGGUUCGAAAUGGUCCAGAGCUCCAUCCUGGAGCCAACUUCAUUCAGCAGAGGCACACGCAGAUGAAAAGGUUUUUGAAGUAUGGCAAUCGAGAAAAGAUGGCGCAAGAGCUGAAGUACGGCGACAUUGUUGAGCGGCAUCUCAUAGACGGGGACAUAGUCCUGUUCAACCGACAGCCCUCUUUGCACAAGCUGAGCAUCAUGGCGCAUAUAGCCAGAGUGAAACCUCACCGGACGUUCCGAUUUAACGAGUGCGUCUGUACCCCGUACAAUGCUGAUUUUGACGGCGACGAGAUGAACCUUCAUCUUCCUCAAACGGAAGAGGCCAAAGCGGAAGCACUGGUUCUGAUGGGAACCAAAGCAAACUUGGUGACGCCGAGAAAUGGAGAGCCCCUUAUUGCCGCCAUCCAGGAUUUCCUUACAGGUGCCUACCUCCUCACCCUGAAGGACACUUUCUUUGACCGUGCUAAAGCUUGCCAGAUCAUUGCCUCCGUCCUGGUGGGCAAGGAUGAAAAAGUGAAAGUCCGCCUUCCGCCUCCGGCAAUCCUAAAGCCCGUGACCCUGUGGACAGGCAAACAGGUCUUCAGCAUCAUCCUCAAGCCCAGCGACAGCUGCCCCGUCAAGGCCAACCUCCGCACCAAGGGCAAGCAGUACUGCGGCAAGGGAGAAGACCUGUGCAGCAACGACUCCUAUGUUACAAUCCAUAACAGCGAGCUGAUGUCUGGCAGCAUGGACAAAGGCACUUUAGGAUCUGGGUCCAAGAACAACAUCUUCUACAUUGCUGAGAGACUGGGGCAAGUCGAAGCCGCUGAUGCCAUGUCUCGCCUCGCCAGGCUGGCUCCUGUCUACCUGUCCAACCGAGGCUUUUCUAUUGGGAUUGGCGAUGUCACCCCAGGGCAGGGGCUGCUGAAGGCAAAAUACGAACUUCUGCACGCUGGCUACAAGAAAUGCGAUGAAUAUAUUGAAGCUUUGAACACCGCUAAGCUGCAGCCGCAGCCGGGCUGUACAGCAGAAGAGACCCUGGAAGCACUGAUCCUGAAAGAGCUCUCUGUGAUCCGAGACCACGCCGGCAGCGCCUGUCUCCGAGAGCUGGAUAAGAGUAACAGCCCCCUCGUCAUGGCAGUCUGCGGUUCCAAAGGCUCCUUCAUCAACAUUUCCCAGAUGAUUGCCUGUGUGGGGCAGCAGGCCAUCAGUGGCUCCCGGGUGCCAGACGGCUUCGAGAACCGGUCCUUGCCGCACUUCGAGAAGCAUUCCAAGCUACCAGCGGCCAAAGGUUUUGUUGCCAAUAGCUUUUAUUCUGGCCUAACGCCCACAGAAUUUUUCUUCCACACGAUGGCUGGUCGUGAGGGUCUCGUGGACACAGCUGUGAAAACAGCCGAAACUGGAUACAUGCAGAGACGACUGGUGAAGUCACUUGAAGACCUCUGCUCCCAGUAUGACUUGACUGUCAGGAGUUCCACUGGGGACAUCAUCCAGUUCAUUUACGGCGGGGACGGUUUGGAUCCCGCAGCCAUGGAAGGGAAAGACGAACCUCUGGAGUUCAAGCGAGUCCUGGAUAACAUCAGAGCCGUGUAUCCCAGCCGAAGUGAACCAGCCCUUAGCAAAAACGAAUUGGUGCUAACUGCUGAAUCCAUCAUGAAGAAGAAUGAAUUCCUCUGCUGCCAAGACAGCUUCCUCCAGGAAAUAAAGAAGUUCAUCAAAAGUAUGUCUGAAAAGAUCAAGAAAACCAGAGACAAGUAUGGCAUUAAUGACAAUGGAACCACUGAGCCAUGGGUCUUGUACCAAUUGGACCGGAUUACUCCAACCCAGCUGGAGAAGUUUCUGGAGACCUGUCGAGAGAAGUACAUGAGAGCACAGAUGGAACCUGGCUCUGCAGUGGGAGCUCUGUGUGCGCAGAGCAUUGGUGAGCCGGGCACGCAGAUGACGCUGAAGACCUUCCACUUUGCUGGCGUGGCCUCCAUGAACAUCACGCUGGGGGUGCCGCGGAUCAAAGAAAUCAUCAACGCCUCCAAAGCCAUCAGCACCCCAAUUAUCACCGCACACCUCGACACGGACGACAAUCCGGACUUUGCCCGCUUGGUGAAAGGGCGAAUUGAGAAGACUUUGUUGGGAGAGAUUUCAGAGUAUAUCGAAGAAGUGUUCCUUCCCGAUGACUGCUUUAUUCUCGUCAAGCUUUCCUUGGAGCGGAUUAGGCUGCUAAGAUUGGAGGUGAAUGCAGAGACGGUGCGGUAUUCCAUUUGUGUCUCCAAGCUGCGGGUGAAGCCGGGAGAUGUGGCUGUGCACGGGGAGGCUGUUGUGUGUGUUACUCCCCGGGAGAACAGCAAGAGCUCCAUGUACUACGUCUUGCAGUACCUGAAGGAAGAGCUGCCCAAAGUCGUGGUGCAAGGUAUCCCGGAAGUGUCACGAGCCGUCAUUCAUAUCGACGAGCAGAGCGGAAAAGAGAAGUACAAGUUGCUGGUGGAAGGGGACAACCUGCGUGCUGUCAUGGCCACACACGGCGUCAAGGGGACGAGGACGACCUCCAACAACACUUAUGAGGUAGAGAAAACCCUGGGCAUUGAGGCUGCUCGUACCACCAUCAUUAAUGAGAUCCAGUACACGAUGGUCAACCACGGGAUGAGCAUUGACCGGAGGCACGUAAUGCUGCUCUCGGACCUGAUGACGUACAAGGGUGAAGUUCUGGGCAUCACUCGGUUUGGACUGGCCAAAAUGAAGGAGAGCGUCCUGAUGCUUGCGUCUUUUGAAAAGACAGCGGACCAUCUCUUUGAUGCUGCAUAUUUUGGGCAAAAGGACUCGGUGUGUGGCGUCUCGGAGUGCAUCAUCAUGGGCAUCCCCAUGAACAUUGGGACGGGACUCUUCAAGCUGCUGCAUAAGGCGGACAAGGAAGCCAGCCCCUCAAGGAGGCCUUUGAUAUUUGACAACCCCAACUUCCAUAUUCCAGCUACAACGUAGCAGCUGGGCAGCAGCAAAUGGACGGUGUGUGGGAACUGGACUGCAUUUGCUACGUGCCUUUCCCAACGGAGUUUAAGAGUCUGGUGACAGGAGAGAGAGAGAGGGCAAGAGAUAUCCCCCCUCCCCCCCCCAAAGAUGCAGGUGUUUUCCUUUGUAUGUUGAAUCCACAGUAAACUUCAACAUUUUGGCUUUUUUUUUAAAAAA